AUGAGAAAAGAAAUUGGAGCAAAUUUAGAAAAUGAAGAUGUUACUGAGAGGACAAGUUCUAAUAAAAGAGGACUAACUUCUGAAGCUUGGGCACACUUCAAAAGGGAGAAAAUAAACGAAAAAUGGAAGGCAAUAUGCAAACAUUGUGAUAGACAACUUGGUGGUGACACUAACCAAGGCACAAAGCACUUAUAUGAUCACAUUCAAAUUUGCAAGCUUUGUACUGUGAGGGGCCCAAGGUUUUGUCGUGCUCUCCAACCUUUGUUUAAAGUGAUCACUCGCAAUACAUGGAAGGUUGAUAUAAUGAAGGUAUAUGAUGCUGAGAGGUCCAAAGUUAUGAAAUUACUUGAAAAAGCUACAAGUCGCACUGCAAUAACUAUCGACAUGUGGACAACCACUAAUCAAAACAAGGGAUAUAUGUCUGUCACAGCUCAUUUCAUUGACAAUGACUGGACUUUACAAAAUCGGCUUCUGAGGUUUACUUAUGUUCCUACUCCACACAUUACUGAAGUGCUUGCUGAUGUUUUGUGUGAUUGUAUUUUUGAGUGGAAUUUAGAAACAAAGUUAUCUACAUUAACGGUUGAUAAUUGUAGCACUAAUGUUGCCAUGAUUGCCUAUAUUGUUGAGAAGUUAGAUCAUAGUUCCUUUAUUUUGGGUGGAAGUCUCUUUCAUACACGUUGUUGUGCUCACAUAUUAACUUUGAUUGUGAAAGAUGGAAUGUCAACAAUACAUGGUUCUAUUGAGAAGAUUAGGGAUAGUGCUUCUGUUUGGACUGCAACACCAAAGAGGGAAGAGAAAUUUAUUGAUGCUUGUCGACAUAGUGGUGUUCCUUAUUCAAAGAAACUGGUAAAUGAUUGUAGAACUAGAUGGAAUUCCAUGUAUUUGAUGCUUGUUUUUGCAUUGCCAUACUAUGAUGUUUUUAAGCAUUUGAAGCCAAGAGAACCUCAAUAUAAGUCUUUGCCAAGUCUUGAUGAGUGGAAAAUGACAACUGAAAUUUGUAAUGCCAUGGAAAUAUUCUAUCGUGUCAUUGAGUUAUUUUCAGGAACACAGUUUCCAACCUCCAAUGUUUAUUUUCCAAAGGUAUGUGAAAUUAGGUUGGCUUUGAAUCGAUGGGUUUUCCCUUUUAAUACUACACUUCAAGCUAUGGCUGAAACUAUGAUUCCCAAGUUUGAGAAGUAUUGGGACUCUAUUAACAGUGUAAUAGCAAUAAGGGCUGUUUUGAACCCUAGAUUUAAAAUAAAGUUGUUGAAUUAUUUUUUUCCUCUUAUGUACGGAAGUGAAAGCACCAAAGAAUUAGAAAAAGUGAGAACAUUAUUGGAAGAUUUGGUUUCUGAGUACCAAAAUAAGGAAAGGAGGCUUAAUCACGCGGUUAGUGAUAUUGUUUGCACUUCAGCUUCCACAUUGACGAAUUCAGAGAGUAGUUCAAGGAAGAGUGAUAGUUUAAUUGACUUUUUGCAAUAUAUUCAAGACGCUUCUUCUAAUGAAUUUGUGAAGUUUGAGUUAGAUUACUACUUAAAGGAGCCGGUGUUGCUUAACCAAUCAAAUGUGGAUAACAUUGGUGGACAGUUUUUGGCUCCACAUCGUAGUUCAUUGAAUGAAGACACGGUUGAAGCAAUGAUAGGAAAUUCGCGGGGAUCCAUGGGAGAGCAGGGAAUGGGAAUGGGGGAAAAAAAUCUCCCCAUAAUGGGGAUCGGGGACAGGGACGGGGAAGAACAUGAGGUGCAGGGACAGGGAGCGAGGGAGUAUCCUCCGCCCACACCCCGCGCGAGUGCCACCCCUAAUUCUUAG